CUCCUCAGACAGAACAGUAAAACCAGACAACAUCAUCUGACUUUUCUAAAAUUAUUCCCUGGUAAGGUUCAGUUUUUAUUUGCUCCUGAGACUCCAGAAAAAACAACAACAAAAAGGAGCAGUGGACAUAAUUUAUAUAUUUUUUCCUUGUCUAUAAAGAAUGAGGAUCUAUCGUUUGUGGACGUCUGUGGGAGUCUGUUGAUGCACCUGUUGACAGAGGAGAAACCCUGCGUGUUUAAGAAUGGACAAAUGUGCAGCGAUGAAGACUGAUGAUGCUCAGUUUUGUUUGGACGACUACAGAAGAGUCGGAGACAGGACCGGGCCGAACUGUGAAGACUCACCUCAGACGAGUUUAACAGACGGACAGAGCCCAGACAUGCAGCAGGCCGAGAAAAUCUCUGCCAUGAAGUACAGAAGAUGCAGCUCCCCCAGAUCUCGUCUCGGUGGGGUGAAAGCUCGUCACAAAAGGCAGGUACUCCAGGACAUGGCUCGGCCGCUGAAACACUGGCUGUACAAGCACCGGGACAACCCUUACCCAACAAAAACCGAGAAGGUUCUUCUCGCUCUGGGUUCACACAUGACACUAGUGCAGGUUUCCAACUGGUUUGCAAACGCCCGGCGAAGGCUGAAGAACACGGUGAGGCAGCCAGACCUGAGCUGGGCGCUGAGGAUCAAGCUCUACAAUAAAUACAUCCAGGGCAAUGCUGAGAGGCUGAGUGUGUGCAGUGACGAUACAAACUCGGACGAUGAAGAGUGCGCCCUACAGACGCCAAUAGCCCAAUCAAACUUUGGCGGCUCGUCUUACCGCCGAAGCCUUCUUGAGAAACAGGCCAGCGUCCUCGCCGGGGCAGACUGCUCCAACGAAGAGGACGGCACGUCUCCUCCGUCCAAGUACAAGAGUAGCUUGCUGAACCGCUACCUGAAUGACACCCUGCGACACAUGAUGGCGGCAAAGGCUGACGCCAUUGCCUCUGCUCGCGUUCUUUCCCAAUCGUUCAGCUCCAAGGAAUGCGAUCGAGACGUUGUCUCGCCAGAUUCUUCCUCAGAAGCAGAGGCCAACUUCAUCUACAGCAUGGAUACAACUGACAGCACUUCGGUUAAAAGUUGCAGGGCCCAGCUGCAGAGCCGAAACCCACCGAGAAAGGACGGCCAGGGCUGGAGGGAGAUCCACGCCGCCGUGGCCCUCACCAGCCUGGCCCAGGGCAAGAGCUGCAAGGCGGCUCCGAGCGCCGACCCGGCGCCCGGCGCCGCCAGGCUGUGUGUGGCGGGAGCCGUGUCGGCCCUGAAGCAGAGCGCGGGGACGGCCCUCACCAGCCGCAUCAUCCAGAAGUCGUCUCAUAUCUCCGAGGUCCAGACUGUCAAAGCCCCCCUGGCGAACACCGGGUAGGCACUGAACGCCGUGUUCCACUCGCCGCCAGCCAAAGUGCCUGGUGGUGUACACAGUGUACAGGCCUAACGUUUUACACCUUUAACACCUUUCUAAUUAUGUUAUAUACUGUAACAUCUAAUUAGUACCCCGAAGAGUGAAUCCAAAUAAUGUCUGCUUGCUUUGCUACGCCCUACAUGACCUUCGUUUUCCAUAACUUAUAAGAACUGUCGAGACACCGGAGAAUCCUCCCAUGAUGAAGUUUUACAGCAGCCGUUUGAAUAAAGCCAAUGUGAAAGCGUCUGGCCUGCCUUUUUUUUUUUUUUUUUCUGCUUUAAAUCGUUACUUUGCAG